AUACUUGCUGUUAUUUAAAUUACACACGAACAGCCUUUAAAAAAGAAAUCUGUCCGCACAUUCAUUCAUAUCAGUUUGUCUCGCAUAAAUGGCUUUAAAGCGAAUCCAAAAGGAACUACAGGAUAUGGCGAGAGAUCCUCCUUCUUCUUGCAGUGCAGGUCCUGUAGGAGAUGACCUUUUUCAUUGGACGGCAACGAUAGUGGGUCCAGAAGAUUCCCCAUACAGCGGAGGCGUUUUCUUUAUGGACAUCCAUUUUCCUGCAGAUUAUCCUUUCAAAGCACCAAAGGUUUCAUUUCAGACUAAAGUUUAUCAUCCCAACAUCAACAAGAAUGGAGCUAUAUGUCUAGAUAUUUUGAGGGAGCAAUGGAGCCCUGCACUGACGAUAUCUAGAGUACUGCUGUCUAUUUCGUCGCUCUUAACUGAUCCGAAUCCUGAGGAUCCACUCGUGCCAGAAAUAGCUAAUCAACUGAAAACAAAUAAGACUGCCUUUGAGUCUACAGCGCGUGAUUGGACAGCGAAAUAUGCUAUGUGAAAAUCCUCUCCAAGACUGAUGCUGAAUAUAAUGGGAUUUACUGCUCUCUCACGAAACCUGGCUCACGGGAUUUAUUUGCAGCAUGUACGUGGAAGAAGAUGUUGACUUUUUUUAAGUCUACCCGACGUGUGUCUAUUUUCCGAAACCAGAAACGACGAGCGUAGAUGCCUUUCAUUUUUGUUAAAGAUUGAAUUAAAAGAGAGAGAAUUAUUUAUUUUGAGA